GCGCAUGUGCCACACACGGUGCCUGAGAUUGGGAGCCUGGUGACUGUCAGAGGACGUGCCAGUGGUGCCCGGGUCUGCGGUAUGGAUGGGGCUGCACAACCCCACUAAGACUUGGCUCCAGUCAACCCGAGGAGGGUGCGCCUCUCUGGUCCCUACCGCUGCCCUGUGGGCUAGACCCACAGGCCAGACUCCAUGGACCCGCCGGAGGCCACCUGCUCCAGCCCACCCCUCAGCAUGGAGGCCAGGGCAGCAGCCGCCCGUGGUCUGCUCCUGGACACGUUUGAGCAACUGAGUGAGGCGCAGCUGAAACGCUUCCGCCACAAGCUGCGGGAUGCGAAGCAGGAUGGACGCAGCAUCCCGUGGGGUCAGCUGGAGGGCGCGGAGGUCACGGACCUUGCUGACCGUCUGACCAGCUUCUUCGGGCCGGAGACUGCCCUGGACGUGACGCGCAAGACCUUGAAGAGGGCUGACGUGCGCGACGUGGCUGCACAGCUCAAGGAGCAGCGGCUGCACAGGUUUGGACCCACCCCCUCGGCGCUGCUCACAGAGUACAAGAAGAAGUACCGAGAGCACGUGCUGCGGCGGCACGCCAAGGUGAAGGAGAGGAACGCCCGCUCAGUGAAGAUCAACAAGCGCUUCACCAAGCUGCUCAUCGCGCAUGAGGAGGCCGCCCUGGAGGACCAGCCUGUGUGGCCCCUGGAGGAGCCGCCGCCAGAGCGCGCGCGGCGCUCGGACACCCACACCUUCAACCGCCUGUUCAGCCCCAGCGAGGAUGGGAACUGGCCGCUUACGGUGGUGCUGCAGGGCCCAGCGGGCAUCGGCAAGACCAUGGCCGCCAAGAAAAUCCUGUACGACUGGGCGGCGGGCAAGCUGUACCACAGCCAGGUGGACUUCGCCUUCUUCAUGUCUUGCAGCGAGCUGGUGGAGGGACCCGACACGCGCAGCCUGGCAGACCUGAUCCUCGACCAGUGCCCGAGCCGCAGCGCGCCGGUGCGACUCAUGCUGGCGCAGCCAGAGCGGCUGCUCUUCAUCCUGGACGGCGCGGACGAGCUGCCCAGUGAGGAGGGGCACUGCACCGACCCAUUCCAGGCCACCAGCGGCGCGCAGGUGCUGGGCAGCUUGCUGAGCAAGGAGCUGCUGCCCGAAGCCCGCCUGCUUGUCACCACGCGCGCCGCCCCCAGGACGCUGCGAGGCCAAGAGAACUCCCCGCAGUGCGCCGAGGUGCGCGGCUUCUCCGACAAGGACAAGAAGAAGUACUUCUACAAGUUCUUCCGAGACGACUGGAGGGCGGAGCGUGCCUACCGCUUCGUGAAGGAGAACGAGACGCUGUUCGAGCUGUGCUUCGUGCCCUUCGUGUGCUGGAUCGUGUGCACCGUUCUGCACCGGCAGCUCGAGCUCGGCCAGGACCUGUCGCGCACCUCAAAGACCACCACGUCCGUGUACCUGUCUUUCGUCGCCAUCGUACUGAGCAAAAAGUUCACCGACAACGCAGCCCGUGCGCAGGGCGAGCUGCUCAGGCUGUGCCUCCUGGCCCGCGAGGGCGUCCUCAGGCGCAAGGCGCAGUUCACCGACAAGGACCUGGGUCGACUGGAACUUCACGGCUCCGAAGUCCAGAGGCUGUUUCUGAGCAAGAAGGAGCUGCCGGGCCUGCAGAAGAUUGACGUCACCUACCAGUUCAUGGACCACAGCUUCCAGGAAUUCUUCACCGCGAUGUCCUACCUGCUGGAGGACCGGGGGGCUCCCGGGACUCCAGCCGGGGGCGUGGGGGAGCUGCUUUCGGGAAAAGUCGAGGUGCGCCGCCACCUCACGCUCACCACGCGCUUCCUCUUCGGGCUGCUGGGCACACAGAACGACAUCAAGGUCCCUUUCAGCUUCAGGGCGUCAGAGCGCGUGAAACAGGACGUCCUGAGGUGGGUGCAAGGCCAGGGCCUCCCGAGGCCGGCGCCAGAGGGCGCGGGGAAAGCCGACGCCCUGGAGGGCGCGGAGGAGGCCGAGGAGCAGGAGGAGGGCGAGGAGCAGGAGGAGGGCGAGGAGCGGAGCGACGCCCUGGAGCUGCUCUACUGCCUGUACGAGGCGCAGGAGGACGCCCUCGUGACCCAGGCCCUGCGCACCCUCCCGGAGCUGGUGCUGGAGGGGGUGCGCUUCCACCGCAUGGACCUGGCGGUCCUGAGCUACUGCGUGCGGUGCUGCCCCGCGGGGCAGGCCCUGCGGCUGGGUCACUGCGCACUGGCCCCAGCGCAGAAGAAAAAGAAGAGAAGCCUGAUGAAGCGGCUGCAGGGCAGCCUGGGCGGCAGCUCCAGUUCUCAAUCCUCUUCAAGAAAACCCCAGGCCUCUGCGCUACGUCCACUCUGUGAGGCCAUGACCAGCCAGCAGUGCGGUCUCAAGAGCCUGACGCUGUACCACUGCAAACUCCCCGACUCCGUGUGCCAAGACCUCUCUAGGGCCCUGAAGGAGGCCCCCGCCCUGACUGACCUGGGCCUCCUCCACAACGCGGUCAGUGAGGCAGGCCUGCGCAAGCUGAGUGAGGGCCUGGCCUGGCCCCAGUGCCAGGUGCAAACGCUCAGGCUGCAGCAGCCGAGCCUGCAGGACACACUCCUGGUCGGCCUGCUUCGGCAGAGCCCUGCCCUGACCACCCUGGAUCUCAGUGGCUGCCAGCUGCCGGGACCCACCGUGACCUGCCUGUGUGUGGCCCUGAAGCACCCAGAAUGCCGCCUGCAGAACCUCAGGCUGACCUCCGUGGAGCUGAACGAGCAGUCACUGCUGGAGCUGCGGGCUGUGAGGACAGCAAAGCCGGGUCUGGUCAUCACACACCCAGCACUGGACAGCCAGCCCUAGACUCCCAAGGGAUUCAGCAGUGCCUGCUGAGGCCCCGGAGCCCAGAGCAGCAGGGAGGACUCGA